AUGACUAGCUGUAAUGCUCUAUUUGAUUAUCAUGGUCCGAAUCGGACUAGUGAGUAUAAGAUCCUCCCCAAGCCGUAUUCGAAACCCUCACCUUGCAGGUUCGAACGCCCACCUUGCACUGCUUGCUAUCAUGAAACAAGUGGAAUGUGGUAUGACCAUUCAUUACAAGAUUGCAAAGUGGUGAAUCUUGUUCAUACUCGUUUCGAAUACGAAUUGAGUUAUGAUGACCAUUCCGCUCAUCACAUCGAAUUGUAUUCACUCAAAACUAAUUCUUGGAAGAGAAUAGAAUGCAAAGAUUAUGAAUACAGCAGUUCACAAGAUUGGACUCAGUCUUGUGAUCUAAGUAGCGCGGCUUGCGUGUCCGGGACUUUUUACCAUGCAAUGUACGAAGCCAUCCUUUCUUUCGACAUUUCUACUGAAACUUUUUCCAGAUUACCCUUCCCAGAUGGUUGGUUUCACGAGCGUAGUUACAUUGUAGAGUAUAAAGGGUUAUUAAGUGCUCUUGUAUUCUCGGACAAUGAAGAUUCUGUACCUUGGAAAUAUGACGAUCAUGCGACUAGGAAGUAUCAAUUUUGGAUUAUGAGAGAUGGAUUGUGGACAAGAGAUGAAAUGGUUUUUCAUAUUCCUGGCAUGGAGAGGCCGAUAUGGUUCUCACAGGACGGUAUGCUGUUGUAUUUUGAAAGCCUUCGUCAUGAGCUAGUGUUGUUUGAUUGUGCCACCGGAAAGUUGAAGUAUCUCAGUGUCAAUAGCCCUAUGAGAUGUCCAAAGAUGGUUGAGAUCUUUGGAGUUUCAUGUCUUGAGGAGGAUCAGGUGAAACAAGAAGAUGAUGAAGACAAUACUUUGUCUAAAAUCAGCCUUAUCCUCAACCUCGACGCUUUGUCUUUAGAGUCGAAGCUAUGAUGAAUGAUAUGGUGGAAGCUAUGAUGAAUGAUACGGUGGAAGUUGGGAUGGUUGAUACGGCGGAAGCAGAAGUUAUAAUGGAUAAUACGAGAAUCGAAGGUGCACCGCCUUUGAGGAGGAACAAUGGAAAUCAAUUGGAUAG